AUGUCGCACUACCCCUCUUUGGUGUUUACACCGUCCCAGGCAUACCACCCUUUUUCCGCAAUGUCUCCUCCAUAUCCCCGAGCAGCUAUUCAUAGUGGUAACGACAUCCAUAAUAGUAGCAACAGCAGAAUUCCACACAUAUAUUCACCAACGCCGCGUUAUUAUUAUGUGUCCACCGAUCCAAAAGCUUACCAAAUUAGCUCUGGAUCUCAUAAUAGCCGCAAUAGCGACUACCACAGCAAUAAUCCGCACGCGUCUGACUCUUUUAUCAAUUUACCCCCUAUCCUUGAUAAUAAUCCUAAGAUACCUUCAGGACGUUUGCAUCAAACUAUUACUCGUAGCGAUAAUUCGCCUCCGAUUUACGGCACUUCGCCGAAUAGCAGUCGACGAAGCAGCGAUUCGGGUAGUAGUAUUAGAUCGAUUGCUUCACCAACAACCACCGAUUCGCCCGCUUUGAUCAAUAAUCAUCAUUUUCCUAACAAUUCACCAUCACGUCAUAGUGUUCGUGAUACACAAAUGUAUAACAAUCGCCCAUCAAACAUCAUUACGCAUUCACCUAUCUCUCUCACAGACAAUAACAAUACUGAUAGAAUCAACGAAAAGAAUCCCAAUAACCGUCGUUCUUUAUCUAGUGACGCAUCAAACCCAAAAAUUCAUAUUAUGGCUCAUUCAAACAACUAUCAAUCAUCAUCAACAACUAAUCCUUCGCCAAUCAUAUAUAGUGGAUCUAGUGGAAAUGGUGGUGAUGAACCUCCAAAUCAUCACCCGGAAAAUCCUCCGCAACAAGUAUUUAGACAAAAUAAAGGUCUGCGACAGAUUAGCAGACUAGUAUGCGAGAAAGUACGAACGAAAGGAACGACAAACUAUAAUGAGGUUAGUCUUGUUGUUGGUUGCAUGUGCUACGAUGGAAAUCAAGUCGUUGAUCCUCCAAUAAACAAAACUUUUUGGCGUAUUAUUUUUGACAUUUUUUUCGAGUGCAUCAUGUACGAUGUUGCAGAUGAACUCACUGAGGAAUUUGUCUCGCAUCCCCAAGAUAAUGGCAGUCAAAAAGUUGACCAAAAAAAUAUUCGGCGCCGAGUAUAUGACGCACUAAACGUGCUUACCGCGAUGAACAUUAUAGUAAAAGAUAAGAAGGAAAUUAAGUGGCUCGGAUUCCUCGGUUACAAUAACACCUAUGAUUACAAUGAUCCAAGUUACAAUAAUACCCAUGACAAUACCCAUGAUAAUAAUGACCCAGGUUCAUCGACGUCGUCAUCUGUGACGAACAAUCAUAAUGCCGAAAAUGAAAGGGGAAAGGCUGAGAUUGAAGAAUUGGAGCGUGAAAUCGAGCGUGCAACACAAAAAAGGGAUAAAAUCCAAAAUGAAGUACAAAAGAAAACGCAAUAUCACAUAUUGGCUAACAAUCUUGUAAGAAGAAAUGCGUCUCGACGCAAUAGUCAUCAGAUGAAUGACAAGCAUUCUAAGAUAUAUCUUCCGUUUACGUUGAUAAAGUGUGAGCCGGGCACAAAAUUUAAUAUUGAGUCAUCACAAGAUGAUGACGCCUUGCGCACAUUGACAUUCUCUCCAUAUAAACCCACGCUUAUCCAAGACACAAGAGUUCUGCAGGCACUUGUUCCCGAUAACCAAAAUGAUGAAGUAUCAAUUCAGUGGGUUUCUUCGUCGGGCUCACAUCCUUCGAAUCCUCUUCACUACCACCAACAUCAACAGCACUCAAAUUUUCUCGUGAAUAACGCUAGUAAUAGCGGUGGUAAAGAUCACCACCAACAUUUCAAUGAAUUUUACAACACAUCAAGGAAUGUCGACAAUUAUCAAAGGGGUGCGAUGGAAGUGGAGUGA